UCACGACCACGUGACCUCUCUCCACUCUGACUCCGAAGCGUUGUGUCGUUCCCCCACACUGCUUCCGAAGUUUAGAAACACUCAUUUAAUGUAGUUUUGUCCCCACUAACGCGAAGCAAACCUUUCCGUAUGGUACACACCGAGAAGACGUCUUGCCGUGUGUGAAAUCGGUAACACGGACAAAGUUGAAGAGCGAGGCCAGCUGAAGUGGAGAAAGGCUUCCAGUCGGAUUACUCCAGCAUCGAGUAUUUAACCAGGCCAUGAUGGCCACAGAGGAGCUGUAUGAGGUCGAGAGAAUUGUUGGUAAACGUAAAAACAAGAAAGGGAAGAUGGAGUAUUUGGUUCGCUGGAGAGGUUAUACUUUCGAAGGAGACACUUGGGAGCCGGAAGCCAAUCUAACCAGCUGCAUGGAGUUUAUAAAUGAGUUCAAUCGGCAGCACAGCGAGAGGCCGGGAGACACGCCCUCCGUGCGCUCUACACGCAGGUCUCCUAGCGCGGCUGUGGGUCACGCCUCCGCCAACAAUGCACGCAAGCAGAUGAACAGGCCUCAGCCACACAACAACAACAACAGCAGCAGCACCACUGCUCCAUCUGCUCUGAGCACGCCUUCCACCAGUGUUACAAAACAACUACAACCACCACAGAAUGCACUGGAUAACAGGGACACGGAAGCUAACGCAGACACGCAACGGCAGCCUUUUUUAUCCACCCCCACUGCCAGCGCUUUACGCUGUAGUAUGGACCUGGCCAAGUCUGGAAUCAAAAUCUUGGUGCCAAAAAGCCCGAUGAACAGUCGAGCUGACUCGGAGCAGUCUCCCAGCGAGGCAGCACACAGUCUGGAACAGGGCGGAGAGGAGCCCGACUCCGUCCCCCCUGAAGUGGCCGUACAGGAGAAGUCUGCCGGACACGUCCUCGUGUCUGGACAGGGGCGGGCACGCAUGGGCACGCGGCCCAGGACACAAGCAGCUCUGCCUCCGCCUCAAGUUCCCAUCACACCUGCUGCUGUCCGCACACUGAACGGGAAAGGUACAUCGACACUUAUGGAGGCCUCAUCAGCCAGCGGCUCAACCAGUGUACAGAACGGCACAGCAGGAGUGGCAGCUGGCUCAGGUGUGACGAGCGCAUUAGGCAAACGCCCGAGGCCCGAAGAACGCUCUGCCAUCGACAAGCGUCUGCGCUUCAGCGUUCGUCAGACGGAGAGCGCCUACCGCUAUAGAGACAUUGUUGUGAAGAAACAGGACGGCUUCACACACAUUCUGUUUUCAACCAAGACGUCUGAGAACAAUUCACUAAAUCCUGAUGUGAUGAAGGAGGUUCAGAGCGCCAUGGCAACAGCGUCAGCGGACGACAGCAAGUUGGUCUUGCUGAGCGCGGUCGGAAGCGUGUUCUGUUUUGGCUUGGACUUCAUCUACUUAAUCAGACGACUCACAGAUGACCGCAAAAGAGAAAGCAUUAAAAUGGCAGAAACCAUUAGGGCUUUUGUGAACACAUUCAUCCAGUUCAAGAAACCAAUUAUUGCUGCUGUAAACGGACCUGCUGUUGGGCUCGGAGCCUCCAUCUUGCCCCUUUGUGACGUUAUCUGGGCCAAUGAGAAGGCGUGGUUUCAAACCCCGUACGCCAUCUUUGGCCAGACGCCAGACGCGUGUUCCUCUGUAACGUUCCCUCACAUCAUGGGGGUUGCAUCGGCUAAUGAGAUGUUACUGAGCGGGAGAAAGCUGACGGCUCAGGAGGCGUGCGCUAAAGGCUUGGUGUCUCAGGUGCUGUGGCCAGGGACCUUCGGUCAGGAGGUCAUGGCUCGCAUUAAAGAGCUAGUCUCUUGUAAUUCAGUUGUUCUGUGGGAGUCCAAAGCGCUGGUGAGGAACGUUAACCGAGCCGCCCUGGAGCAGGCCAACGAGAGGGAGUGUGAGGCACUAAAGAGGAUGUGGGGCUCCCCGCAGGGCAUGGACUCCAUUCUGAAAUACCUGCAGAAGAUGAACGACUUCUGAGUUAAUAAAAGAAUUUAAAAAAGAAAGAACACAAGCGUAUUCGCUCGCCGUUACACAGUGGACACCGUUCACAAGUGCCUGAUGGGGAAAGACAGGAGUUUUGAAUUUAGUAUAAUGGCGGAUGUAAAUCUCAGUAUUGAUCGUGUUUAUGUUUUGCCUGCUGGAAUAGGUUUCCUUUCCCAGGAGAACGAGAUUCAGCUGUAAAUAUCGCAGAAGACGUUUUUUUUUGUUUUUCAACUUCCCUCGCAGACGUCGAUACCUAACGUGUGGAAACGUCCCGACAGGGCUCACAGUUCAGGUUCCAUGCAGCCGAAGGAUGACUUUUGUUUUCUCCCCGAUUUUAUCACUCAUCACUUCCUUUAAGAAGCUCUAGGGAAACAAUAGUUGCUCUUUUAUUUUUCCCCUGCUGGAUAUCUUUUAUCCAGCAGGAUUCUGUGCUCAUAUUCUUAUAUCUUCGUACGUCCACCGAUUAUCCCGAGCGUCAGUACCUGUUUCCGGCAAAUGUGAGAAUCUCAAUCUGAUAGGCGUCAGUGUUAAAACUUCCAACUAUAAAAUUAGUUUAAAAAAAGAAGUUAUUUAUGCUUUAUGAACUUUAUUAAGUAUUUAUUGAACAAUUGGAUAAUGCUUUCCAGUGCGUUUUCCCUUUCACUCGGUCCAUUUGUAAACUGAAUCUCCAUGUGGUGUAUUAUGUUUAGAAACACUUUCAUUUCUCUCAUGGUUGCUAAUUAUUUGUUUAGCAUAUUGUAGAUUUUUCUACUAUAAAACACUUCACUGAUUUUA